GAAACAGUUGCAACAUUAUAAUGCCAUCUUCUAAACAGCUGCCCUUCAGUUUUGGUUUUUUUGGAUUUUGUGUGUGUGUGUGUGCUGCAAAAAAAUCUCCUGUGAAAAUGCCAACAGUCACUCGAAACCUGAUCGGCUCAUGAACAUGCAAACAAGGAAAAGCUCAGUAUCAAAUUUGCCUUUUCUGAAUGUUGUUUUCACCCCUACUCGUUAGGCAAAUAGAAGGGGAAAGUCUUCUGCACAAAGUGAAGUUGUGCGUGCUACAGUUUCCUUUAAAGGAAGAAAGAGACUAUUGAUUUGAAGUCUGGCACACAUUAUGCUGUUUGGGUGCGGCAAAACAUGACCUCUUCACCACCUCUACACAUACCCUCUGGGAAAUGGGAAAUUAAUAGCCAAUAAUAGUUCUUUAUUGCUGCUUUCUUGACUUGGAACCAUGUUGGGAAAUCUUCCCAAUAUAAGCCACCUGGAGUGUCAUUGGUCCCAACGAGUCUAUAAGGAGAGCAGGACAGGGAGACAGUGAAUUGCACAGAGGAACAAGGAAGCCAUGCAUCUGGAGCUGUGUUGCAGGGUUUUUGCAGUCUUGCUCUGUUUUCCCACCUGGAUGGAGGCAACUGGUGAUUCCAACAAAUGCGCAGGUAAGAGAUUUUAAUUUCUUGCCCGUAACUAAAGCCAUUUUAUACCAUGUCAGGCCAAUGGUCCUGCCAGCUCCAUAUUGGCAGCUCUCCAUGAUUCAUAUGGAGGGUGGGAGGAGAGUCCCCCAGUCGGAGAUGCCAUGGUUGAGCCUGGGACCUUCUGCAUGAAAAGCAUGUGUUCCACAAAUGAACCAUGGCCUCUUCCACCCUUGGAGAAUGCUGAACAUCAUACAAAGCUCAUGAUGGGAGGAGUGGUUUCUACAUUUUUGUGAGUCGUUUCUACAUACUUAAAGGUCGGCAUAUCCCUGGGUACACAGAAAUAUAUAUGCCUGUAAAUUAUUGUUUUUAAAAGCAAAACACCAAAUGGUCUGAUGAGGACCUUUGAACUUCUGAAAGCAUUCAGGUGUCAGAUGAGAUUUUGUGGGAGGUGGAGACGGAAGAAGGAACUGGUGUGCUCAAGCCCUUAAUAGUUUCUGGUAGAUAAAUUAGGGUUGGAGGAAUGUGAGCUGAGAGGCUAAAUAACUCAGCUCCCAGAAUUAUUUCAGUAGGAUGAAAGGGGGGGCAUAUUUUCGAGCUGUUCAGAACCCCCACCCCAAGUUAUAGCAAUAGGUUUCAAUCCUGAGUCCUAGAAAGGAAGGCAAUGGAGCCUGGGAAAGGGGAAAGACAGUCGACUGUUUCCCUUUCCUGAAAUUUCACACACACACAAUGGCUAUAAAGUUUUCUGAAGCCCUGAGCAAAAGCAUUCCUCUUAACAGGUGGGGAUACACUGCAACAUUUUGUUUCAGGUACCACCUGAUAUUUAUUUAUUUCUACCUUUUAAAAAAACAAAAGUUGAGUUUUUCUUUCCCACUUGAUUUCCAUCCCCCUCUGUGGAGUUGUGCUGUCCUUUGAACUGUGACACUGGUGCAGUGCCGACUACUAGUAGGCAAAAGGAGGUGACUGCCUCAAACAGCAGAUGAUAGGGCAAUGGAAGCACCUGCCUGGCUGUUUUCCCCAUGUCCCCCAGGUUGAAACUUUCUCCUCUGAUAGAGUUGUCAGUGUCACAUGGCCUGCCCUAUACCCCUAUAUACUAAGCAGCCAGUCCUGGAUUGUGGUCUUCUGCAUAAUGCCCAGGGGUGUAAGUUUUUAUUGAACAUAGCAGGGGUAAGGAACUCCUGGUCCGUGGGGCAAUUUUGGCCCAGCACAGGUCCCAAUUUGGCCUGUGGAGCUGUUUCCCCCGAACCAUGCCCACCUGGGCCAAUAUGUAACAUCAGGUGUGGCACAGUUAGGGAUGCAGCUGGCACGGCUGCACAUGCAAGUUCCCCAUGGAUAGCACAGCUGAUCCUUGCAGAGAGAAAGGUUGCUCGCUGCUUGUCAGCUGAUGGGCGGUGACCUCAAGCCUGCUGCAUCAGGGAGGAACUGGAUUGUGCAACUGAUCCCUACAGAAAGGGAAGUGUUGAGCAUAUAGGGAUGGCAAAGUUCCUUGACCUGUGGUUCCCAAUGACAGAAUAUCAUGGUGACCUGAAAAUGGGCGGUUCAAGGACACAUUCCAGCCAGGCAUAAAAGAAGGUGUGUAGCUUGUUGAAGACUGAUGAGGGCCAGAAAAGAGAGGCUUCGAGGGCCACAUGUGAGCCUCCCCAUCGUUGAAACAGGGUCUAAUUUCAGGUGGACACUGACAUUAGCACAGAGGGUGAAAUACUACAUUUCCUAUCUUUUCCCACAGAAGUGAAGAUUGUGGGUCUUUUGGGUGAUGAGCAGCUUUGCCUUCCUGAAGGGAUGUCCUGGGUUUCCUGGAGUGGCAGGAACCCCUGAGAAUCCUGGGAGCUGUAGUUUGUUAAUGGUGCUCAGAGUUGUUAAGAGACCCCAAUUCUCCUCACAGAGCUGCCGUUUCCAGAGUUCCCUGAGAAGAGGCAUUGCUUGUUAAACCACUUUGGGGUUUCUAACUCUGUGAGGGGAGUAGGAUCUGUCCCACCUCUUAAAAACAAACAUUCCAGAUCCUGGAUAUGCCAAAAACAGAAAUAAAGAGAAGCAUGGCAAUCUUCAGUUUAGCAAAGCCAGGGAUUGAUUUUGGAUGGCAGGUGUGAAACUUGAUACCUGCAGCACUUGUUGGGAGGAACUUAGCCUGUAGACUCCCUUUGGUCUACCAGCUGACCUCAUGGCUACAACAUCAACCUAAGUUUUGUACACUCCCCCCACCCCCCUAUUUCCCUCACCUCUCUACCCCACCCUUUAUGGGUGACAUCUGGAGAACUGGAAAGCAUGCCACAAGUUUGUGACAUUUGGGGAGUCCUAAUCAAGGUAUUGCCCAAUUGUGGGUUUUGGAAUCAUUUCACCUUCAGUGUAUUGUUACGAUUUGCUUAGUAACAAGUUUGUUUUCUCUAAAUAUCAGGUGAUCGAGGAGAUCUUUUGGCCCUCUGCCAAACCGGUGAGUUUCUUUCUUGCUUCUCUUGGGAAAUGCACCCUCUGCCAUCUAGUGGCUCAACUUUAUAAUAAUCCUCAAACUCUAAUAUAUAAAAUUGCAAGGAUGUUGUCACGUUGCAGUUCAGUUUGCCCCAGACAGGUGGCACUGAGAACUACAGUGUGACGAGCUACUGGGCCAUCCAGCAGGUGGACCAGUGGACAGAGAUGCAGGUUGAGGUGAUGUGAGGAGGAGAGGCAGGUGGGCAGCUCAGGCAAUUAACCUAGGUGAAGCAAAGGGGAGGAAUCUGGAGAACAGAGAUGAGGGUGGGCAGCCCAGGCAAGUGGCCCAGGUGAGGAAAGGAUGAAGGAACUCAAGGACAGAGAUGCAGGCAAGCCAGCAGGGGGCCCAGGUGAGUUGCAGAGACCUGGUGAGGUCCAAGGUUUUCUUUUGUGAGGUGCAAAGGGAGGGAGGAGGGGUUGGCCAGGUGUUCGGGAAGGAAGGUGGGGGCUGACAAAGUUCAAAGGAAGGGGGGCAGCAGUUGGUGAGUUGGAAAGGGAGGGUGUAGGGGGUUGGCGAGAGAAGCAAGUAGGGCUUCAACCCUAGUGUACUAUAUGUUGUUGUUGUUUAGUCGUUUGGUCGUGUCCGACUCUUCGUGACCCCAUGGACCAGAGCACACCAGGCACUCCUGUCUUCCACUGCCUCCCGCAGUUUGGUCAAACUCAUGCUGGUAGCUUCGAGAACACUAUCCAACCAUCUCGUCCUCUGUCGUCCCCUUCUCCUUGUGCCCUCAAUCUUUCCCAACAUCAGGGUCUUUUCCAGGGAGUCUUCUCAUGAGGUGGCCAAAGUAUUGGAGCCUCAGCUUCAGGAUCUGUCCUUCCAGUGAGCACUCGGGGCUGAUUUCCUUAAGAAUGGAAAGGUUUGAUCUUCUUGCAGUCCAUGGGACUCUCAAGAGUCUCCUCCAACACCAUAAUUCAAAAGCAUCAAUACAUCAUAUAGUACACAAAGACAACAGUGUACUAUAUAAUGAUCCACAAACUGCCCCCAAAUACCUACGCCAUGGGUAGUCAACAUGGUGCCACCAGGGAUGAUGGGAAUUGUAGUCCAGCAGCAUCUGAAGGGCACCACGUUGCCUACCCUAAUUGCUUAUGUGACAGUAGUUCCUCAGGACUGCCACGAUAAGGAAGCAAGCCCAUUGUGAGCUCUUCAAAGCCUCCAACAAUUCUCCUUUCUUCAAAGGCAUAGGCAGACUUUGAAAUCCCACAGCUUUUCUUCCUUCCUUUCAUUCAUUCAUUAUAUAUGGUUUAACAUUCGCUUUUCGUGGUACGAAACGCGACUAAGCUGCUGAUAAAAUCCCAACAUCAUUAGGCAAAGCAGGGGCUGCUUCUAAAUGCUUCAAAAGCUCCAGUGAAUGAAGUUUCACACGCCUUAUAAAUGUAGAAGUGCUAUAAAACGUAGAGAUAAAAUGAUGUCUCUUUUACCCAAGGGCCAGUUUAAAAAUGUGGAGUAAAAUUUGUAAUCUGCAUUAGCGACCUGUAGGAACACUUCUAGGCUAAAAGCAGACAGACUAAACAAGAUCACUCUCACAAACACAAAUAGCAAAAUGAGAAACCCAGCUUUUGUGUGGACAUUUUAUAAUCUACAAUGUGAAAAAGGUGAGCUUUAAACUGUGUCGUAAGCAACAGUAAUAUUACAUUAAACCAGAAGCUCCCAAAUCUUUUUGUCCACUGCCCCCUUGGUUCCACAAACUCAUCCCCAGUGCUCCCUACCCCACCCUAUAAAAAUAUUUCUUCAGAAUAGUGGUUUGAACAGCCCAAUAGGGAAGAUAAUAACAUAAUAAAAUUCACAACAGUCAUAAUUAAUUGCACAUUCAUUCAAAAUCCAAUUAAAACCAAUUAGUUAGAUAAUUCAACAAAACCAAUGAACUUGAUCCAGUGAUACCAGCUUUUCAAAAUCUCAUUCACACUUCCAGCACUCCCCACCCUAGGUAAUCCCCCCCCAUCCCCCCGGGGGUGGUACCACCCUCUUUGGAAACCGCUGCAUUAAACAAGUGAAAAUGAACCUAUGGAGUGGUCUUAAUGCACUGUCAUCAAUAUCUGCAGAUUUUUUCAUUGGUAGCACUGAUGUUAUGGAAUUCACUCCCUGCUGGUUAAGAGAGGCCCCCAUCUGUAUUGGCAUUCUGCUGGCUUUUGAGCUGUUUGCACAGGCAUUCCUUUGACCUCUUGGCCUAUUUAAUUGGUGUUCUGGUUUAGCAGGAUUUAAUUCUGGAUUUUAGAGUUUUAAUUGGAUCCUUUUAUUAUGUGUUUUAAUUCCAGAUGUUUAUAUCUGAGUGUUUCUCUCAUUGGUUUUUAUACUUGUAAACAGCUUAGAAGCCUAAUUUGGCAUUAAGUGGCAUAUAAAUAAUAAUCAUAUAAUGACAUUUAAUUGGAAGCUAUGGUGGUAUCCCUAGCUUGCUACAUUUCCUGCCUCCAUUGCCUUUCAUCUUGCCUUUUGUCAUUUGGCAUAUUCUCCCAGCACCAAGAAGCUGCAAGGAGCUGCUGAGCAAGGGGGAGUUCCUGAGCGGCUGGUACACCAUCUAUCUGCCAGGCUGCUGGCCCCUGAGGGUCUUCUGUGACAUGGAUACUGAUGGAGGGGGCUGGCUGGUGAGUGGCUGCUUUGAGGUGAAGGCAGCGCUACUGCAGUGUACUACGCCCUGUAUUGCUAUUGGGAUUUUUUCUCCCGUUGGGUUUGAUAAUUUAUUUAUUAAACUUAUUCGCCGCUUGUCAUCUAAACGGUCUCCAAGUAAUUUGCACUGAAAAAAAACAUAUACACAAAUAACAUAGAGAAUAAAAUUCAUGUAAAACAUUAACAUUCCAUACAACAUGGGGAAAUCAAGCUCUCUCUCUGACACACACACACAGAGAGAGCGAGAGCGUGCAAUGGAAAACUUUGUCAUUACGCUAACAUGAGAACACGGCAGUUUUUCCAACCCACUAACUAGCAGAUUAAAAUAAAAACACGAACACUGAUACUCCUGCACUCCAUAGCCCAGAAGUUGGCCCCCUUAAAAAUCCCCUACCCAUACCUUCCAACACAACGCAGCCCAAAUCCAGGAUCUCAUUUUCCAGGUCUGCACUUCCAUGCCUGUGAAACCUAGGGUGGGAAGCCUCUUGCACUCCAAAUGUUGCUGGACUCAAACUCUUAGCAGCCCUAUCAGGCACGGUCAAUAGCUGGGGUGCUGGGAUGUGAAGUCAAGCAACAACUAGAAGGCCAUAGCCCCUGCCACUCAAACACUGGAUGUGAGAGACUGAAUGAGAAAACAAUACAUUUACAGGCGAUGUACUCAUUUUUUCUGCUAUGUUUGUUUCUAUAUCUCUUUCUCAGGUGUUUCAGAAGCGGUUGGAUGGGUCUGUUGAUUUCUACCGUACCUGGAAUGACUACAAGAAAGGCUUUGGGAACCAGCUAUCGGAAUUCUGGCUGGGCAAUGAAAACAUUCAUCUCCUGACACGGGACGGUAACCCCGCCUUUGAUCUGGGGAUAAGGGUGGAGGGGAAAUUAGAUUUGGUUUACAAUGAAAGCUGAAGUUGCACAGCCAUACCUCAAAGUUCACACUUCUCUGAACUUUGCAGUGCAGUUCUCCAGCUAAGUAAUGUGUACAAAAAGUGCAUGUGCAAGGGUAAAGACUGCAUACAAAUGAAUGUAUUAGAAACAAUGUACAAAAGGGCAUUAUAUUGGGGAAAAUAGUGUGCAUAAAUGUGUAUAUUCGCACACAAAUGCAUUCAUUCAUUCAAAACUGAUGUGAACAUGUGGGGAACUGAACUUAGGACUGGAAAUCUGAAAGAAACCAGAAAGGACAUUUUUGCCAAUCCCUAUCUGGAAAAACAUUCUUUCCAGGCCGGUAGCAGGGACCUGCUAUGCUAUUGUGAGCCUCUGGGAGGCAAAAGAGAGCUGUGUUUUUAUUCCAUCACAACAAUAAUAUUGGAUUUAUUUGCAGCAGCCUAUCUGUGCAGGAUUUAAAAAUACAAGGUCUCCACUACCCUCUUCCACCCCACUCUUCUGAUAGCAGCCCCCAGCUCAAAAUUUUAAGACACCCAGUGAUGUGUUUUGAUAUGACAGGCGCAAGAACCAUUUUUUAAGGCAGCCCUGUUUAGGGAAGCUUUUAAUGUUUCAUAGGUUAUUGUAUUUUAGUGUUUUGUUGGAAGCCACCCAGAGUGGCUGGGGAAACCCAGCCAGAUGGGCGGGGUAAUAAUAAUAAUAAUAAUAAUAAUAAUAAUAAUUUAUUUUCAGCCUGAGGACCACGUCCCAUUGUGGACAACCUUCUAGAGGCUGCUUUGGAAAUAUUUCUUGUGCCACAUCACACGUAAGUUUCUCAAGUGUGCAAAAGGCAAAGUUGUGCUGAAUUUCUGUCCUCUUUUCCUUAGGGGAGCACCAGCUGCGUGUGGACUUGGUAGACUUUGACGACCGCAAAACCUUUGCUCAUUACCAGUCCUUCCAGCUCAGGGGAGAAGAGGAGAAGUAUCAGCUUGUCCUGGGGCAAUUCCUGGGUGGCACUGCAGGUGAGGGACUUCAAACCUGCUUUCCACACGCACUGUGGCCAGGUUCGCAUGCCACUUUAAACCAGGAGUGGGGAACUGGACCUGGUCAGAGGCAUUUAGUGCAUAUACUGGAGAUAACGGAUCUCUGAUAUCAGAUGGCAUCAGGUGACUGACAGGUCGGCAUGGUUUGCCUAAAAUGGUCGUCUGGGCCAAAUGCAGAGGCCUGGUGGGCGGGCCUAAUUAGGCCCACAGGCCGAAGGCUCGCUGCUGCCAUUUUAAUUAUAGUUAAGCUUACCUGUGGUUUGAAGGUGAAUGUGCAGUGCGCUGGUGCACCUGGUGAGAUUUCUCCCUGCUUGCUCUGCUGUGAGCUAAGUCAUCGUUUGAACUUGGGGUCAUGGUUUGUCUCUCUCCAAACAAACUAAGAACUUUAAGCAAGGUUUGUUCUUGGUUUUUCUGUAGGGGGGAAAUAAACCACAACUCUGGGUUUGGAUGAAACAGAGCCAAACUAUGGCUUAGCACAGUGGCAGCAGGAGCAGGGAGGAAUGAAGGGAUAUGGCAGGCCAACAGUUACCCAUCCCUGCUCUUUUCUAGCCUGCUGCGGGCAGAUAUAUGGUGAAUGUGGUGAAUCAAGGAUGAUCCAACAGCUGUUGUACAUGGAAUUGGAGGGGAGGCAAAUCUUGUCCUUUUCCUCAGGCAGCAAAAUAUAUUGAGCUGGCCCUGUCACUUUGAAGACCAACAUAUUUAGUAUUCACUCAUUCCAGACCUGGGAUUGCUGUUUUGUUACUCCAGCAAUGGCUGCUGUUGGAAGUGUAACAGCAGAAAUCAUCCUGUGUGCAACUAAAGGGUUAAUUCUGUUACUGUUAAAGUCAGCUAGCCAAGAGGGGAGGUGUGGCUUAGCAAGAGCAGCAUGAUGUUUGCUGAGGUAGCACAUGCUCAGAUUGGUUAUGUUGGCCUGAGGGAGUUUUCCUCUGUAUGUUUGGUUGACGUACAAGGCUUCUGCCAAAAGCAAGACAAAACCUCUCUGUUCCUUUCUCCUCACAUUAUACACUGUUUUUGUUCAAUUUCCUCAGUAAACAGUUAUCAGGAUUUCUCUUUUCACUGCACUCCAUUUGCAUUAUUUAAGUGACUUAGCUAGAUCUCCAGCUCCUGACAGGACACAUCACUGGCACCUUACCUGUCCCCACCCAUUCCUAGAGCUACCAUUUAAAUUUCCUACAGUGCCCUGGAGCCGUACUGCAUUGGGGGCACUGUGGGAAAUUAAAGUGGUUGUUCUCACACCCUGCAGCCGCUCAAUGCUGAUCAAAGGGCUGCUUCUCCUCUCAACCAGAUGAGCCCACUAGGGCCUACUGACAUGGAAAAGGCACUUUGACCGAAGCUCCCUCAGGCACUGAUGCUGUGGGGGGCGGGGAGAGAAAUGUAAUGGGCAGCAGACAAAGGAAAAAAGAGAGCACUUUUACACCCCCUCUUUCUGCUCUGCAGGUGACUCCAUGACCUUUCACAGCGGGCUGCGUUUUUCCACCCAUGACAAUGACAAUGACACCGGGACACAGAACUGCGCUGUCACUGUGCAUGGAGCUUGGUGGUAUGCCAACUGCUAUAAGUCCAACCUGAACGGAGGCUAUCCUAUUGGUGAUCGGAAAGGGCAGACCUAUGGCAUUGACUGGGCAACUGGCAAGGGCGUUGGCACCUCCUACAAGCGCACAGAGAUGAAGAUUCGCUAAAGAGAUCCCAUUUGAGGCCUAGAAAGCAACCAAAGGGAAUGAUUAAAGCAAAAAUUAAGCAGCUAU